CAGACAUCACCACCCCGUGUAGAAUCCGCCAUGUUCGUCCUCCCCCCGCCGCCACGAUACAAUGUAGCCUACAAUGGCAUGCCGGGCGGUGGACCUCUGCUGGAGACGAACAAUACGCUCGAGAAGCCGUCGGGACCCGAGUACCAGCUCGUGCUCGGCGAGGGCAUCUAUGUGCUCAAAGACGACCUCCAUCUGGCCACGCCGCCUCCUCACCCCAGCGACGCGCCGCAGCCGAACAACAAUCCGCUGGCGACCGCGACGGGCCCGCCGGUCAGUGGGGUGAAGCUGUCUAUUGCUGUGCUUGAGCCUCGGAACCCCCCGCCGGCGCAGGCGUUGUUUCGCGCUGCUUCUGUCCACAGCGCGAGCCUUCGCUCGCCCAUGCCGCCCAGCAUUCAGGAAGAGUUGCACAGUCCCAAAAGUGAUGCAGGGUCAACGACGAACGGCUUCGGCUCGCCCACGUACUACCACGCCGCCCAGAUGGCCACGUUUGGAGAUGGUAACCCAGCGUUGGCUGUGCCUGUCAAUACCAAGGUGAAGAAAGACCAGAAAGCCAAGCCCAAAAACAAUAUCAUAAAAUCCAACUCGUCCUAUGUGUCGCGUGUCAUACCGCAUGAAUCGCUACAAAAGCGGCUCAACGACCGGUCGCCCGACGGCAUGUUUGCUUUUGCGAAUAUCAAUCGCGCCUUCGUGUGGUUAGACCUAUCGUCGGCGAACAAGACUGAGAACAUGACCAAGGUGCUGUUCACAAAGGCGCAUGCGCUUUGUCAUGAUGUCAAUGCAGUGUCGAGGUCUGCUCAUCAUUUAGACACGGUGUUGGGCUUUAAUACCAGCGACAUCAUAUGGUACGAGCCCAUGUCACAGAAAUAUGCGAGACUGAAUAAAAACGGGAUGAUCAAUGCUGCUCCUGUGGCCUCGAUUCGCUGGAUGCCCCACAAGGAUAAUCUAUUUGUUGCAGCGCACUCAGACGGCACGCUCGUGGUCUACGAUAAAGAGAAAGAAGACGCCGAAUUUGUGCCCGAGGAGAGUCCCGUAGUGGACACUGCAGAAGGGCAAGAGCGACUGGCCUUUCGUGUCUUGAAAUCUGUGCAAUCUCGCAAUCAAAGAACCAAUCCUGUGGCCGCCUGGAAGGUGUCGAAUAUGAAGAUUCAUGACAUUUCUUUUUCUCCCGAUGGACAGCUGUUAGCCGUUGUGAGUGACGAUGGGUGCUUGACCAUUCUUGACUUUAAUGAGGAGAAGGUCCUUGACGUUCAUCGGGCCUACUAUGGGGGCCUUCUCUGUGUGACAUGGUCUCCGGACAGUAGGUAUGUCUUGACGGGCGGGCAAGACGAUCUCGUGAGCAUAUGGUCUGUAGCGGAACGUGCGCUGGUUGCGAGAUGCGUGGGUCAUCACUCCUGGGUCACUGAUGUCAAGUUCGAUCCAUGGCGGUGCGACGAACGAAAUUACCGCUUUGGUAGUGUAGGUGAGGAUUGCAGGUUAUUACUCUGGGACUUUUCAGUGGGUAUGUUGGGCCGACCGAAGGCGUUUAGACAACGCGGUAGCAUCUCGAGCCAUGUGCCAGUUGGUGAACGGAAGCCAAGUACGACGACGGUUGGCAGAUUUCGAAGCAGUUCCAACCUGACCCAGGUGCCCACCGCGGACAGCAUCAAGGACGGCGAGGUCAUCCACCCGGUUGAGCCCAAGGUGAGCACUGCUGUGUUACCGCCUGUCAUGUCGAAAAGCAUCGACGAGCACCCUCUGUGCUGGCUGGGCUUCGAAGCGGACAGCAUUAUCACGUCCUGCAAAGAUGGACAUAUCAGAGAGUGGAUGCGGCCGACAGAUGGGAGUUGAUGUGUAUACACCACCAUAAUUGAAACACAGCAUCAUCAGUCAGUAGCUUGAUCGCGUGACCCAGGUUCGGCGCCGAUCGCACACCUACAUGUACCUAGGGUCCACACCUGCACCAGAAGUUCCAGAAGGCAAUCCGUGGCGAUCACUUGAAUCAGAGAGCUUGAGCUAGAACUAAGAGAGCAGACAGCUCUCGGCGCUCGCGGCGGCGGCCCUGUCUCAUGCACGACCGACCGAGUGCACGAGACGAGGGACGUUGAGUUGAAUGGAUGCUGUAGAUGCGUCCUGUGAUGUCAAUGUCAAUACGUGCAUUCGUAUUCAUGAUUCCAUCAUUCUGGCACCACAGACAGACUAUAAUAUAAUCAACCUUUCCAGUGAGACCAGGUUGUGGACACAAAUUCCCGAAGUACUGUAUGUUCGAAAUCGUUGAGCGCGGCGACUUUUCGGUGUCUGCGCAACGACUGUGCACUGUGCAGCAUCAUCCCAAGCACGGAUCUCCCGUCGGAUCAUCAUCAGCACAAUGCCUGGCCAUCGCCUGUAUGUAGAACUAAUGUAGUCCUCGUGGCGUCAUUGGUGUUUUU